AUGAAAAAAAGAACUUUCCUCCGCAGCUCUGAGAACCAAGAGUCACCGACUGAAGACAACGGCAGCACAGUCGAGAUCUCCAAGGAGGAGCUCAUCAAGCUCGCCGAACAGGCUGGCGUGAAGGUGAAGUUCGCGAGCGACUACCUGCAGCAGGAGGAAGCGGCACAAGCCAGAGAGCAGCAGCCAUCUGGUCCCAGCAUGUUCGAGCCAGCGAUCAACGCCCUCCAGCCCAUCCUCAAACUCCCUCCCAUCCUCCAGUACCCAGCGUUGAUCCUGAUCUUCGGGGCCGUCUCUGCCAUCUUCCUCCCGCUCUUCGGGUCGGGCUCGAUCAAGGACAUGAAGUCAGACUCUCCUCCUGCUCCUGUCGCUUCCACCGCAACCCCCGAGGCGACCAAGAAGGUUCCAACUGCCGCCGAUCCUUCCAACGACAUCGCCCCUAAGGUCCUUCAGAUCCAGAGGAAGUCGUGCGACGUCUUCCCCUACAGCCUCACGCCGACCUGCACUGAUCCGGACAUUGGAAACAAGGCGAUCCUCAAGAACCUUGACAAGUAUGCAAAACCUCCUGCAUCCGUGCUCAAGGAGAGGGCCGAGCAAGCCAAGUGA